AUUUUAUUUUCUUUCUUGGAAAAAAAAAUUCAUUCAUUUCUGUACAAUGUGGUCUUCCUCACGAUGAACACACACAUUCAUGCUAGAAUGAAUUGAACAUGGUUUCUCUCUCUCCCUCUCUCUCUCUCUCUGAAAACACCAAAAACAUUGAUUUGAAUGGAAGCUAGAAUGCCCAACAAACUGCAACUAAAAGAUUCUCACCUCCCAAUCCCUUCAUUCCCCAGAAGAAGAGAAAUGCAUGUGUAUGCUGUGAGGCACACUUACAUAAACUAAACAACCUGAAUUAGACCCCUGCACUUUGAGCUCCAUUUCCAGUGCCAAUAUCUUCCAAAACUAAACAUGAUAGCUGAUACCCUGAAAAGAGAGUUCCCCGUCGAAGCGUUUGUGGAUUUGUGCAGCACAGAAGAGAGUGAGAGGAAGGGAGGAGGAGGGAGAAUGGAGAGGAAGAAGAAAUGUGUUGUGGAGGUUCAGGAUGACUGCAGAGAGUUUAAGUCGAAGAAUCUCCAGGCCGAGAGGCGGCGUCGUGAGAAGCUCAGCCAGAGGCUCCUGGAGCUCCGCUCAUUAGUCCCAAACAUAACCAAUAUGACUAAAGAAACGAUUAUCACGGAUGCGAUUAGCUACAUUGAGGAGCUGCAGAACAAUGUGAAGGAGCUGAGCAACCAGCUUUUGGAAAUGGAGGCCACUUCUGGAGUGGAAGGGAAAGCCCAGAUUACUGGAGAUCAUAACACUGAUUCUGCUGCAGAAGACAUGAAGAAAUUUGGGAUUGAGGCAGAGGUUCAGGUGGCUCAAAUUGACCAAAACAAGCUGUGGAUCAAGGUAAUCUGCCAGAACCGAAAAGGCGCCUUUACGAAACUAAUGGAAGCCAUGAAUGUUCUUGGAGUUCAUCUCUAUGAUACCUCUGCCACCACCUCCAAAGGUGCCCUUCUUGUCACCUCAACUCUUGAGUUAAAUCAGAGUGGAGCAGCGGAGGCUCAUCAAGCUCAACAGUUCUUGCAGGAGAUUAUCAAGAACAUAUAAGGAUUAGGAUUUUUUCCUUAAACAAGAACAAACAUCACUGUCA